CACCUUCCCCCCUUUCUCUCCUUCCUUUUCUCUCUCCUUUUUCUUUUUUUCUUUCUUCUCUUCUCAUCAUACUCUCUCAUGGCGUCUCUCUCCUUCUCCUUCUCCUUCUCUCUCCUUUUCCUUCUGUCCUUCUUCUCUUCUCCGAAAGCCUCAGACGCGUCUGACGCUACCAUCCUCCUCCAGAAAAUCAAACCAUCUCUUCAAGGCUCCUCAGACAACCUCCUCCUCUCUACUUGGAACGCUUCCAUCCCCAUCUGCCGUUGGAGAGGUCUCAAGUGGGCCUUAUCCAACGGCUCUCCUCUUCUCUGUGAUCAGUCUUCUCCUUCCUCUUCCAAUCUCUCUCUCACCCAAGAAUCCACCCUCCAGCUCCUCUCUAUCCAGCUCGCCGCUGCUGGACUUUCCGGCACAAUCCCAAAAGAGAUAGGCGAGCUUUCUUCCCUACAGUCCCUCUACCUCGCCGUCAACUCGCUUUCAGGAUCGGUCCCGCUCGAGCUUGGCAAUAGCCCAUCCCUUGCCGAGGUCGACUUGGGCGGGAAUGCGCUCAACGGGUCACUCCCUCCGUCGAUUUGGAACCUCUGCGAUCGGCUCGUCUCGCUUCAGCUCCACGGGAACCAUCUAUCGGGUUUCCUCCCCGAACCAGCGCUGCCCAACUCGACAUGUCCGAAUUUGCAGGUCUUGGAUUUGGGCAAUAACAGGUUUGAAGGCGAAUUCCCGAAUUUUUUGAUGAAUUUCGGUGGGUUGAAGGAGUUGGAUCUUGGGAACAAUCUGUUUGUCGGUUCGAUUCCAGAGACACUAUCUGCGCUGAAUCUUGAUCGGUUGAACCUUUCUUACAAUAAUUUUAGUGGGGUAUUGCCGACAGUGGGAUCGAAGUUUGGCUCUGAGGCUUUCAUAGGUAACAAUCCCGAGCUCUGUGGCCCACCUUUAGGGAAAUGCAGGGAAAGUUCUGGGUUGAGCUCGGGCGCCAUUGCGGGGAUUGUGAUUGGUUUGAUGGCGGGUGUCGUUGUUCUGGCUUCGUUGUCGAUUGGGUUUGUGCAGGGUAAGAGGAGGAAGAACAGGGCACAGAAGCUUGAUGAUGAGGAGGAAAGGGAAGAUGAGGAGAAUAGUGGUGUUGGUGGUGGUGGGGCCGAAGGGAAGCUGGUUUUGUUUCAGGGCGGUGAGCAUUUGACACUGGACGAUGUGUUGAAUGCAACGGGUCAGGUGAUGGAGAAGACGAGCUAUGGGACAGUUUACAAAGCGAAACUUGUUGAUGGUGGGACCAUUGCGUUGAGGUUGUUGAGAGAAGGUAGCUGCAAGGAUCGAGCUUCGUGUUUGCCUGUGAUCAGGCAGCUGGGCCGUGUUCGGCACGAGAAUCUGGUCCCACUCAGGGCUUUCUAUCAAGGAGAGAGAGGGGAGAAGCUCCUCAUUUAUGAUUAUCUUCCUAACAAGAACCUUCAUGAUAUUCUACAUGAAACCAGGGCAGGCAGGCCAUUUCUGAACUGGGCCCGACGGCACAAAAUCGCUCUGGACAUUGCUCGUGCGCUUGCCUAUCUCCACACAGGCCAGGAAACACCCAUCACCCAUGGGAAUGUGCGGUCUAAGAAUGUCCUUGUCGAUGAGUUCUUUGUUGCCAGGUUGACAGAAUGCGGCCUUGACAAGCUAAUGGUCCCUGCUGUUGCUGACGAGAUGGUAGCCGCUGCAAAGACCGAUGGUUACAAGGCUCCAGAGCUAAACAAGAUGAAGAAGUGCAAUUCAAGGACCGAUGUCUACGCUUUUGGGAUACUCCUGUUGGAGAUCCUCUUGGGCAAGAAGCCCGGCAAGGAUGCCAGGAGUGGAGAGUUUGUGGAUUUACCAUCACUGGUAAAGGUGGCUGUGUUGGAGGAGACAACGAUGGAGGUUUUCGAUGUGGAGGUGCUGAAAGGGAUAAGGAGUCCAAUGGAAGAUGGGUUGGUGCAGGCGUUGAAACUUGCAAUGGGGUGCUGUGCUCCAGUGGCAUCCGUUAGACCUGAUAUGGAUGAAGUGGUGAAGCAAUUGGAGGAGAACAGACCCAGGAACAGGUCUGCAUUGUACAGCCCAACUGAUACAAGGAGUGAAAUAGGGACCCCUUUCUGAGCUUGUGGCCUGCUACAAAAGGAGUGAGAGUUCUUCUACCAUUGAAGUAUGUUGUUGUAUUCUGUUUAUGAAUGUAGGGAGAUGCUUUCCUUGAAUUCGAUAGCAUUCUCUCCCUCACUCUCUUUUAGCCUUUUUUUUAGAGCAUGUUGUAAGAUGUAGGGAAUGUUGAGAGUUUUGCAUAUAUACAUACCAUUUGGGGGAUGGCUUGAAUGAAAGAUAGUAAUGGUUUUAGCUA